AUUUUUUGACAUUAGUAAAUUGUAUAGGAGAAUUUUGACAGUUUUAACAAAACUGUGACAAAUUUUACCAAAUGUGUAUCUAGUCAUUAUAAUGAAGCUGUGUCUGCCUGCUAAAGUUUCUUUGUACUGCUACUUGGGUACAAUCACAAGUUUUUCAUUUUUGUUACUUUUGAGUCCAAUACAAAGUGUCUAUUUUCCUAUAUUAUUGUACUUAAUUGCUAAUGUACUUAUAAAAUGCAUAAGUACAAAUGAAUAUUAUGGGUUUGCUGUACGAGCUUCAUUUCUGGGAUUUGUUUUCUCAUUGGGACUCUACACAUUCCAGUUGGCUCCAAAUGAAUAUUAUAUUUUUGGAAUCUACAUGGCAGUUAUGUCCUUUUUCCAUUUUACAGAAUUUCUUUCAAUAGCAUUGAUACAACCAAAGGAGUUAAGUGUCAGAUCAUUCCUUAUUUACCAUAGUCCUGAAUAUGUAAUAGCAGCAGUUUCUUCAUGGCUUGAAUUUUUCUUGGAAGCUUACUUAUUACCAGAUAUGAAAAUCUAUAAAGUUGUCUCAUAUCUUGGCUUAGUAAUCUGCAUUUCUGGUGAAUUUUUGAGGAAGUUAGCAAUGAUGACUGCUAAUUCAAACUUUAAUCAUAUUAUUCAAUACACAAAAGCUGAUGAACAUGUGUUGGUAACAAAUGGAAUAUACAGUAUGUUCAGACACCCCAGCUAUGUUGGCUGGUUUUAUUGGUCAAUUGGAACGCAGAUCAUUUUGAUGAAUCCAAUUUGCUUAAUUGCGUACACAUUAGCAAGUUGGUAUUACUUCAAUGAUCGCAUAAGAGUCGAGGAAAUCACAUUGUUGAAUUUCUUCGGCCAACAAUACAGUGAUUACCAACAACAUGUAGGAACUGGGCUACCUUUUAUUAAUGGUUAUAUUGUUAGAGGUACUGAAUUUCGCUAAUUAUUGCUUUUUAUUAAUCUCUGCUUUCUGAUCAAGACUUAAGAGUAUAUAUUUCUUCUAAUGUAUAUUUUUGUAUUUUUAACAUAAUUUAAUAAC